AAGUUUGUGCAUUGACAUUGUCAAUUUAGCUGCAAUUUCAUAUAAUUAAGGAUUAGCUAUGGCAUAUUAUGAGUCAGAUUCUGAAGAUGAAGCACUUCCAAGAGGGAAGCUAUUUGGGAGGCAAAGACCAUUACAUGAUGUUCUUGGUGGAGGAAAAUUUGCAGAUGUGUUACUAUGGAAAAACAAAAAUGUAUCAGCUGCACUUACUAUUAGCAUGAGUGUGAUAUGGUUUCUCUUUGAGGUGGUUGAUUACAAUUUCGUCCCUCUUUUUUGUCACAUCUCCAUCACCGCAAUGCUUCUCGUCUUCAUAUGGUGCAAUGGAGCCCAAUUUUUCAAUUGGAGUCCCCCAAAGAUCCCCAAAAGCAUUUUGGAUGGAGAUGCAUUCCAUGAAGCUGCUUCAAACUUCCAUGAAAGGUUCAACCAUGCCUUAUCAAAGCUUCUUGACAUUGCAUCUGGAAAAGAUCCAGCACUCUUCAUUCUGACAGUUGUUUCUCUUUAUAUAUUAUCAGUGAUCGGAAGCUACUUCACUUUCUUGAAUUUUCUUUAUUUGAUUUUUCUUUGCUUCCAAACACUGCCAUUUCUGUACGAUCGAUUCGAAGAACAAGUUGAUGAUUAUACAGGUAGAUUAUUUCGACAAGUGAAGAAAAGGUAUAGAAGAUUUGAAUCCAGGGUUCUUAAUAAGAUACCAAGGGGAGCAGUGAAGGAGAAAGUGAGAUAAACAAGAAAAGGAAGGAUGCUCCAUUGCACAUAUCUAAUGAUCUUAAAUUUUAACAAAUUCAAUAAUCUCCAUAUUGCAAAAUCUGUAAGGAGUUGUGUUUCUAAGUCACUUGUAAUUAUACUGGCAGCCAGUACCAUAAAUUUACCCUUUAAAAUAUGGUAUUAAUAAAAAUUAUUAGUAACCAUACAAUGAU